GGUACGAAAAUAAUUUUAAAAAGCUUUAUUGGGUCUUUACUCCUUAGUAUCUCACUCAUCGAGUGAGAUAUAUAAAUGUUGUAUGUAUAAAUAAAUUUAUAGAUUAAUGCUAUAAAUGCUACUGAAACAAUAAAACCACGCAAGGUGACGACAACAAAUCAGUGAUCUGCGAUCCACCUGUUAGUGAAGCUGUGGCCACCACAACUUGGUCUCCUCUCCUGUCGUACGGUACCAGUAUAUCUAUAGUCUAAAAUAUAAUGAUCAAUGCAUAUAACUUGGUACGUAUAUAUAUAAGUACGUACGUAUGUAUUAUAAUAUAUGUAAAGCAAUAUAAUACGGGACAUGAUUAUAUAUAUACAAAUUCAAAAUGAGAGAUAAAGGCUGGUUCGUAUGUCGUGUGAUGUGGGUUUACUAGAAAUGGACAAACUAUUAGGUUGACUUUGAAAAUUCCAAGUCUUUGGUUACAAUAUUCAUUUUUUCCUUUACCUUUUUCUGGUCUUCUUUUUCCUUUUCCUGGUUUAGGAUUGUUUGUUUUUGGACCGUCACCAUCUACAUUAAUUUAUUUCAUAUAUUGGAUUAAUGCUAAUUGCUUAGCAAAACACAGUUGCCUAGUUUUUUUCCAUUACAUAAUUGUCUGGUUUUUUAUUUGUCUGUACAAUGUUAUUACAUCAGCAGCAUCUUGUUUGAUUUGAGAUUGAGACCGUGAUUACCGCACCAUUAAUGUGAACAAGCUAGCUGUCAUAGACAUAGAGGGCAUCAUUUGUCGUAUUCGGUUGCACAAACUGGAAAUUCUUCAUUUCCCAGAACCAGCUACACAUACUAUUUUGAUUCAGGACUUCCAUCAACAUGGUACAACAACAACUCAGUGAUCAUCGAUGGAGGGAAGAAGAUGAGAGUUAUCCUUUUAAUACAAGAUUAUAGCCGUAGUAUCGGCUUUUACUGCGGAUUUUACUCUGAUGGAACUAGUGAUUUCUACUUGCUUUCAGUCAUUGCUGUUGGAGUUGGACAUCAUGCUGUAGUUUGGUCAACCGAUAGAAAAUCUUUUGUGACAGAAAAUGCAUCACUUCAACUGAUAAGAGAUGAUGGCUUAGUACUAAGAGAUUCAGCUGGUGGUAUGGUAUGGUCAGCUAAUACAUCUGGUAAGCCUGUGGUGGGAAUGAACCUAACUGAAGCUGGGAAUUUGGUUCUGUUUGGUAAUCGAGGAGCAGUGCUUUGGCAGUCUUUUGAUCACCCCAAAGACACAUUGUUGAUGGGGCAGAAACUCAACAAGGAUCAAAAACUUGCACCGAAUUUCUUUUCGACCGAAUGGAGUAAGAGCCCCUUCUUUGCCACAUUAACAACAGCUGCUUAUUUCUCUGCCUUUUUCAGUACUAGUGAUGGUCAAUCUCUAAUGUAUUAUCAGUUGGCACUGGAUGACAAUUCAAGAAAUCACUCUGUACUACAGUAUCAAAAAACUAAACAAACGGAGUUUGUUGUGAAUGUGGGAACAUCUAAGGCAUCCAAUUUUCUGGACUCUAUUGUGUUUGUGAAACUAGAUCAAGGUGGACGUUUAAAGACUUAUUUAUAUAAUCCAAAGGGUUCGAGCAUGAAUAAUGUUGACAUGGUCACUCAAGAAUGCGAGAAUUCAUCGGCUCUCUACCUUCUUACAGAGGUAAGAGACAUUGCUUACACUAACAUAAGCAAUGCAGAUUUUGGAGUUGUGCCCACAAGAACAAUCGACGAUUGCAAAACAGCUUGUCUGCAAAAUUGUUCGUGCAUUGCAGUUGUCUUCAGGAAUGGCAAUGAUAAUUCAGAUGGAAGUUGUUAUAUGCCAUCAGAGAUCUAUUCUACUGAACACAACAGCACAGAUAAAAGCAACGUACUUGCAUUUGUCAAGGUACUAAAUACCAAUGGGGAACCGGAGGCUCCUUCAUCAUCUUGGAUAGUAAGACAUCGAAAAAAGAUUACAAUCAUAACAGCAUCUACUGCAGGAGGUAUUGCCACCAUUCUUCUAGUUAUUGUUGUUAUUGUGAUGUUACCAAAGAACCAAAAGGAAGAUGAUGGGGAGGACAAUCUAAAACAAGCUCUUGGAAUGCCCUUGCGGUUUUCAUACGAAGAAUUACUGAAUGCAACAGAGAAUUUGAAGGAAACACUUGGUGUUGGAGGCUUUGGAUCUGUUUUCAAAGGGAUUUUAGCAGCAAAUGGCACAAAAAUUGCAGUGAAGCGCUUAGAUAAAAUGAGUCAAGGGAUGAGGGAGUUUUUAGCUGAAGUUGAGACAAUUGGAAACCUUCACCACUUUAAUCUUGUAAGGUUGGUUGGAUUUUGUGCAGAAAAAUCUUGCAGACUUCUAGUCUAUGAAUAUAUGAGUAAUGGGUCACUAAACAAUUGGAUUUUCAACCCAAGUCAGUCACAAUAUCUAGAUUGGCAAACAAGAAAGAAUAUCAUACUUGACAUAGCAAAAGGUCUAGCUUAUCUUCAUGAAGAAUGUCGACAGAAAAUUAUACAUCUUGAUAUAAAACCACAUAACAUUCUCUUGGACGAAAAUUUCCAUGCAAAAGUCUCUGAUUUCGGGUUAUCAAAGCUGAUUGAAAGAGAUGAGAGCCAAGUCCUUAUCCCAAUGAGAGGAACUCCAGGGUACCUUGCUCCAGAGCUGCAAAAAUCAAUAGUCACUGUCAAAGCAGAUGUAUACAGCUUUGGAAUUGUUGUUCUUGAAAUUGUUAGCAGAAGGAGAAAUGUGGAUAGUUCGCGAUCAGAGUCAAGUUUUCAUUUGCUUGAAAUGUUGCAAAAGAAGGCUGAAGAGGAUAAUCUUAUUGAAGUUGUGGAAAACUUAGAUGAUGACAUGCUAAAUAAUAGAGAAGAAGUGAUAAAAAUGAUAAGGAUUGGAGCCUGGUGUUUGCAGAACGAUCACACGAAAAGGCCUUCAAUGUCUACAGUAGUAAAGCUCUUAGAAGGACUUAUGGAAGUUGACCCUGAUAUCAGCUACAAGUUUUCUCACGCCAUGGCAUUUGCCUCUGAUGCAAAUGAUCACAUUACUGUGGCACCACAAGCAUCUCUUCUUUCUGCUCCAAGAUGAAAUGCAUAAUUAAAGAGGGUAAACAAUUAUGUUUUACACUUGUUUAUCUUAACUGUAUCAUCUAAAAUUCAUUGUUUCGAGUGUAAUUCGUUUCAAAAUUUAUUAAUUCCUGAUAGGAAAUAUUCUUCUUGAGAUAGAGCUGUUAUUAAAUUUUCAUGAUA